UUGGCUGUGGGCGCCGCCCGUCGCCGUCCCCGCGGCGCUGCCUUCGCCUGCGCUGCGGGCGGCGGGAGAGCGGCGGGCGGCGCGGAGCCCGUGCGGCGCGGGGCUCCAGCCAUGCAUCCCGGCGCGCCCGCGGGCACAUGGGGCAGCGCCUGAACCGCUGCCUCGAUGUCCCCGUGUCUCUGCCGCCGCUGAGGCGGAGGCUGCUGCUGCUGCUCAUCAUGCUUUUCCUCUGGCUCUACAUGUUCUACUCGUGCGCCGGCUCCUGCGCCGGGCUGCCCGCCCGCGGCUCGCCCGCCCCGCCGCCCCCGCGGGAGCCCGGCGCCCCGGAGGAGCCGCGGAGCCCCAUCUCCAGCUUCGCCAGCGGCGCCGGCACGAAGCGGCUGCCGCAGGCCAUCAUAAUCGGCGUCAAGAAGGGCGGCACGCGGGCGCUGCUGGAGUUCCUGCGGGUGCACCCCGACGUGCGCGCCGUGGGCGCCGAGCCCCACUUCUUCGACCGCAACUACGAGCGGGGACUCGCCUGGUACAGGGACCUCAUGCCCAGGACCCUGGAGGGGCAGAUCACCAUGGAGAAGACUCCCAGUUACUUUGUCACCAAGGAAGCCCCAGCUCGCAUCUCCUCCAUGUCCAAGGGCACCAAGCUCAUCGUGGUGGUGCGGGACCCCGUGACCAGAGCCAUCUCGGACUACACUCAAACUCUCUCCAAGAAGCCAGAUAUCCCCACCUUCGAGAGCUUGACCUUCAAAAACAGGACUACGGGCCUCAUUGACACCUCGUGGAGCGCCAUCCAGAUUGGCAUCUACGCCAAGCACCUGGAGAACUGGCUCCUUUACUUCCCCAUUGGGCAGAUCCUCUUUGUCAGCGGGGAGAGGCUGAUCAGCGACCCCGCGGGGGAGCUAGGCAGGGUCCAGGACUUUCUGGGCCUCAAGAGGAUCAUUACCGACAAACACUUCUACUUCAACAAAACCAAGGGGUUCCCAUGCCUGAAGAAGGCGGAGGGCAGCAGCAAACCACACUGCCUGGGGAAAACGAAGGGCAGGACCCACCCUGACAUAGACCAGGAGGUGGUACAGAGACUGCGGGACUUCUACCGGCCCUUCAACAUGAAGUUCUACCAGAUGACGGGGCAGGACUUCGGCUGGGACUGAGGCUGGCGUGGGAAAAAUCCCCUGUAAUUACUUGCCCAGCACAGUUUGCGUAUAUAAAGAGAUAUAUAUGUAUGUAAAAUGUACAGAAAUCUAUUUUAUAAUAAUUUAUUUUUAAUUCCUAAGCAAUUAAUUCACUAAGCUGCCUAACCGCACUGGCUAGAACAGUAGCCCGUAACCUGUUUAACAUUCCACGGCAUUUAAUUCUAAUAUGUCUCUCCUUUUUCUCCUUCUGUUUUCUCCUCUCUUUGGUUUGGUUUGUAACAGACAGUGCUUCCAUUUUUUUCCCAAACAAAAUUUGUAUUUAAAAACAAAUCAAACAAAGCAAGGGUGGCAGGGGUGGGGCGGGGAGGGAAAGCACACAUUUAUUUUUGUUACGGGUAUCUGGCCUUUAUAAACACUUGCUUUCCCUAUUCCGGUGUCCCGGUCUCUGCUCCGGUGUUGUGCUCCCUUGUCCCAUGUUGGACCUGUGGCCCCGGGGGGUUUCUCUGGGGCGGAUGGGGAGGCUGGGCAGCUCAGCCCCAGCCCAUAUCUCUGCUGAGCACCAGCACGUCUUCCUAGCAGGGAACCCAAAGCCAUACAGCUCCAGCUCGGUAGCCCAGGACUCUGCUGGGAGGGGAACGCGCUCUUUUUCCAGCGGAGAAACCGCAGAGCCUGCUGCAUGGGCAGAGCUGUCUCCUCAGUGCACUGUUCCUUCUUGCCUUUGGUCAAGGAGGCUCUUUCCCAGGAGCCCUCUAUGCAUUUUAAACCAUUAUUGCAGGACAAAUGUUAAAAUAGAUGGAUCUGUGUGGGACACGCUUGGUGCUGGGGUGAACGCUUUGCAAGAAGCGUCGCUCCAGGAUUGUCCGUGCACACAGGGCACAGCUGGGAGAUGGCUGCAGUGGCAGGGUGGGGAGCACCAUCCAACCACCAAAGACACCAGCAGAGCCACGUGAAACCCCUGGGGCUCUACUCGGAGCCAUUCCCAGCAUGGAGGGGGUCCCAGGUCACUACUCCUGCAGCUGCCAGAGCAGCCCCUGGUGUGGAAGACUGGGGAACAUCAGCCUUGGCCCUCUUGAUUCCCAGUACCUUUUGGUCAAACACCUUAUCCAUGGUCUCUUCCAAGGAGCAGCUUAGAGCCUGGAAGAAGCUCUGUUUUGCCAGUGAGGAUGAAUCUGUAGGAAACGGGGCUGGGGCAUUGCUGGCAGCCCAGGUGCAGCCAGGUGCCUCCUGAUGCCCUGGGUGAGCGCAGAGGUGGCAGCCAGGCAGGACAGGAGGCUCUGAGCUCUUAUCCAUGAACCUGGGUAUUCACUUUCAGUCUGGAGAUCCUUCACCUCUGGUAGAACCAAAUACAUUGGGGCAUUAGGACAGGUUGUUGGGGCUCUCCUGAGAACUCUGGCCAUGUCUGGUGAGCUCUGUAGGUUUGGAUAAGCACCAUGUGUGUCAGAUGCCUUAUCUUUACUGUUGGAGAUUCUGCUAGCUCAGCUGGAAUGUUUUUGGAGCAAGGUGACAGCAGAAGUGAUUUGCUUCUUGAAUUUUUAGCAGAAGCAGGACCACGUUGGUUUUGGGCAGCAAAAAGCCCUGCACCUCACAUGUAAGCACUGAAGCAAGGCACCGCACCAAGCAUGGAGCUGGCUGGAGACAGCUCCAGACGUUGUGGUGUGAGCCUUGCAUGAUGCAGGCAGCAUAAAUAAAACUUGAAAUGCAAAUGCACCAUUGGGCAGAGCUUGUGUGAGUUGAGUUAAAGCUCCUAUUCCAUAUGCGUUGCUGAUACAGAUGCGUGACCUUCACCUCUUCCCAUAGCAAAGCACCUUGGAGCCAUGCCCAGUCCUGGCAAGGUGCGUUCAGUGGCAUUUCUCAGAUGUUUGCUUUUCUUUCACAGCCUUCUUGCUCUUGCCUGCCCUCACAGUUCUCUGCUGAGGCUGUUUGGUGAUGAAAAGCUCUCUGGAUCCUCGGCUGCUCAUCCUGGCUCUUGAUCUGGUCCUCCUCAGGUGGAUACACAAAGAGCAGACCCACCUCUGGGUCCAGUGGAGGGGCCUGCAUGUAAAGCACUGCCCCUCAGUGCUUGGUUUGAACUGAAGGGCUCUUGGCUUGGCUCAGCAGUGUCACAUCUCCAAAGGGAUUUAUGGACUCACUCUCCUGUCAGUGCCAGUGAGGCAUCCACCUGGGAUGCAAUGGGCUGGGGAGUCCUAAAGGAAUGAGAAAUGCUAAGUGUUAUGUUGCUCAUCAAGCCAGAGCUGCCGAGCAGACCUGUUGCAAGCGGGAGCAAAUCCCUCCUUGGGGUUUGCCUCCAAGCACAUCUGCCCUCCAAAAUGCCCUGAGCCAUUUCUAGCAAUGAUGCAAUGCUUUGAUUCGAUGCAGUCCCACUUCCAGAGGCCACAGGCGUGAGUGUGGGACCUGCUGGGCUGCACACCGUGACAGACCACACACACAACCCUUGUCCUGCAAACCUUGAGUGGUGGUUGGAUCUACUCCUCUGAGGUCUUCGGUUUUAGCUCCAGCCAGGUCCCUGGCUCUGUUCCCUGCUGCCAGGGUGGGUGAUGAAUGAUCAAGUGUGUCUGCUUUAUCCCAAACCUUGCUGCUCGGGUGACAGAGGGGAAGGGCUGCAGAUGGUGAGGGGGGAGAGAGGAGAAGAAAAUACUUCUUGGUGGAGAAAGAGUGAUUUUUUGUUCUCAAUACUUCUGUCUUCCUACUAGCUGGGUUAUGAAAUGUGUGGGCAGAAGCUCGUCCUCUCCACUUGGCCUUUGGGCAAGAUCCCAGCUGCAACCAUGCCACUUCCCCACGCGGUUUCACUGGCUGAGUGGUUCUGCUGCGUGGCGAGAGCCUCUGGGAUAUCCCUUCUUGGCAUGGAGUCCUUUCCAUGUCAUUCCCUCCAGAGCACGUGUGCUUGCCUGCUUGUGAGUGCUGGAAGAGUUUGCAUCCCUUGUGUCUUCCUUCUAGAUUUUCUUGGAAACAACUUUUUCCUAUCCCCAUGCUUUCCUCAGCCACGCAGCAGAGUGGGGGCUUCAGUCGUAUAACCCAGCUCUGCUGCAAAAUGCUCUAAUGAAGAAAUCUCAGAGAGUAGAAAUAUUGUGGGUGAAUGAAAACUCCUCUAACUUCAGCAAAUUGUUAGCCCUGGCUCAAUAUCCUUCGUGAAGAAGUCUGCACUAGACUUUUAAUAUAAAGGUCUGACCUAACAAAUAAGACGAUGAAGGUGAAUUCCCUGGGGGUGAACAGCUGUUUGCCAAUACUGGAAUCAGUGCUGUUGUCAGUAUUGUUUUAAAAAAUACUUCUUUUUAAGUUAAGCUUGGAAGUGUGAUUAGAAGUUGUGUUUUUUUCCACCUUGUGAUAUUAAUUUAUGGCUGAGUUUCAUUCAGUCCUGUGUGCAACAGCGCAGUACAAGCGCUAGGGAUGUGUUGGCUGCAACACGGAACAGUAGGGGAGACAGUUUGUUAAAAAAAAAAAGAACAAAAUGGAAAGAAAAACAAAAAAACCUGCAACAAAGAAAAUCUGACAAAAAAUGUAAAUGGAGUAUUUUGUGGUAUAUGCAACACAAAUUAAUUUUACACAGACAAAGAUGUUUCUAGGAAAAUGGAAUUCUGAUAAUUCAUACUAUUUGUAUGAACAAAUAAAAACUAUA